GGGUUAAGAGGGGAAACGCGCCCCGGACUAUGACUCUUACUUCUUUGUGAAGUGGUUGUGGGUCUACUUCUUGCUCCAAACUAACACGUUUCUCUACCAAGUGUCAGGCGCUGUACAUAUGUAGCAUCUGUAGAGCGAACGUUUGUUCAGUGGACUACACACAUGGGGAAGCGCUACUUCUGCGACUACUGUGACCGCUCUUUCCAGGACAACCUCCACAACAGGAAGAAGCACCUGAAUGGGGUGCAGCAUCUGAGGGCCAAAAAGCUCUGGUACGACUUAUUUCGAGAUGCUGCAGCUAUCUUGCAGGAGGAGCAAAGUAAGAAGCCCUGUCGAAAGUUCCUGCAGACAGGCCAGUGUGAUUUUGGCUCCAACUGUAGAUUCUCUCACAUGACCGAGGUGGAUUUGGAGAAACUGAAUGCACAGGUGCAAGAGGAGCGGAGAGCGAAAGAGCAGCAGCGAGAUGGAAUAGCAAAACCCCCGGGGACCAUUGAGGAGUGGCUGGAGAAGAAGGCCAAGCGGCUCUGCUCUGCUCAGACAAACAGCUCCAUCGCCAUCUUCUUUGGACUCCCAACAAACCCAAAAGGGGAGACAGUUAUUUACUUGCGGCUCUUACUGGAUCCCUGGCAUUCCCAGGUGUGGAAGGCAAAGCUCACAUCUGUAAAGCAAGACCUUGAUCCAAGUGCUGACCCUGAGGAAGAGUCUGUUUUUCAAUACCCGCCUGGUUGGCCACCAGUUCAUGAGCUUCCGCCUUCCCUUCAGGCUCCGCCUCCUAGUGGAUGGCUGAUCCCACCCAAUCUCCAGUGGGGAUGAAAGAUGGUCAAAAUCGGAUGGUCACUGCAAAUAGAAAGUAUUGUACUGUAAACCCUUGUCUUCCCCCCCCCCCACCCUCCCAGCCUUGUCUUGCCCGCCCGCCCCCCCUCCCAGGGGCCUAGAGGAAAUAAAGCCUGUCUUUCGAUACAUUUCUUGAACUAAUACUGGUGUGUUAUCUUUGAGAGUAUGUACUGAUAAAGGUCAAAUCAGAGUUUUUGAAAAGAUGGAGGAGGCAGGACCGUAACAUGUGGUGAGAAAAAUAAAAUGUGUAGAGAAAUGUUCGCAAGGCAAGCUAUGGUGCAUCUCAAUCUGUUGGCUUUUAAAAAAAAAAAAUAUUUGUAUAGCGCCAGCUUGUGUUUAACUGUAUUACACCCCUGCCUUUGUAAAUAUAUAUUUUUCUAAUGAAUAAAGAUUUGUGGGUUCCGGUGUGA